GUACUACUUGGUCGCGUCGCUCGCUAGUAGGGUGUAGUGGGUGUGUUCAUUCCCUGCAUUCAGUGCGACGUUUCUCACUAACAGUUUAAGAUGGCGACCGUGCAUCUAAGGAUCGGGGAUCUGGUUUGGGGUAAGCUUGGACGCUAUCCACCUUGGCCAGGAAAGGUCGUCAGUCCUCCAAAGGAUCUGAAAAAGCCACGAGGCAAAAAAUGCUUCUUCGUCAAGUUUUUUGGAACUGAAGAUCACGCCUGGAUAAAGGUAGAGCAGCUGAAGCCUUACCACCCCCACAAAGAGGAGAUGAUCAAGAUAAACAAAGGCAAGCGCUUCCAACAGGCCGUUGAUGCAGUUGAGGAGUACCUAAAGAAGGCUAAGGGGAAAGAUCAGGCACACUCUGACGACAAAAGCAAGUCAGAUAAAGGGCGAAAAGCAGCUAAACCAAUGAAGAUCAUUGAAGAAGAUGAUGAAGAUGCCUUCAAAGGUGGCUCGUCAGACAAGGAACAGACUGAUUCUGACCCAGAGCCAUCCUCUGUACGACGGCUGGUCGCUGGAACAGUAUCAGGAUUCAAAUGGGAGAGCAGUCCAGUAAAGGAUGACCCACAUUUUCAUCACUUUCUGCUCAGCCAGUCUGAGAAGCCAGCUUCAUCAAUGGAGCCCAUCACCAAACGCUUAAAGAUAAUCGAAGAGGACACAGGAUCAACGUCUAUUCAAGCAGCGGACAGCACAGCCAUCAACGGCAGCAUCACACCUACAGACAAAAGGAUAGGGUUCCUUGGAUUAGGACUGAUGGGAAGUGGCGUGGUUUCUAAUUUGUUGAAGAUGGGGCAUGUUGUGACUGUUUGGAAUCGCACAGCAGAAAAGUGUGACUUGUUCAUCCAAGAAGGUGCUAGAUUAGGACGAACACCUGCAGAAGUCGUGUCCAUGUGCGAUAUCACAUUUUCCUGUGUAUCAGACCCAAAAGCUGCCAGAGAUCUUGUGUUAGGUCCUAGUGGAGUCCUACAGGGCAUCAGACCAGGCAAAUGUUACGUGGAGAUGUCAACCGUUGAUCCAGAAACCAUCACAGAGCUCGCACAGGUCAUCACAUCCAGAGGCGGCAGAUUCCUAGAAGCUCCGGUAUCGGGCAGCCAGCAGCUUUCCAAUGAUGGUAUGCUGGUCAUUGUUGCUGCAGGAGACCGGAGUGUUUAUGAAGACUGUAGCAGUUGCUUCCAGGCAAUGGGAAAGACGUCUUUCUUUAUAGCAGGGGAACCAGGAAAUGCUGCAAGAAUGAUGCUGAUCCUUAACAUGGUUCAAGGCAGUUUCAUGGCAACCAUCGCAGAGGGAUUGACCUUGGCGCAGGCCACGGGACAGUCACAACAAACAUUCUUGGAUAUUCUUUGCCAAGGACAAAUGGCAAGCACGUUUGUGGACCAGAAAUGCCAGAAUAUCUUGCAGGGCAACUUCAAACCAGAUUACUACCUGAAACACAUUCAGAAAGAUCUGAGAUUAGCCAUUUCAAUGGGAGAUUCAGUUAAUCAUCCAACACCAAUGGCAGCUGCUGCAAAUGAGGUAUACAAGAGAGCAAAAGCAUUGGACCAGUCGGACAAUGACAUGUCUGCAGUCUACAGAGCUUAUAUUCACUAAUCCUGUAGAAGGGCUCUACGUCCUGGACCAUAAACCUCACCUACUACUUUGUUCCUGUCCCUCUGUCUUUCUCUCCUCUGCUGAUGAAUUUUGUUGGGCACCAGUGAUAUGUUUUCCCAUGUAUAAUGGGAUCUCUUUAGCAGCCUAAUCUGAGCAUUGCACUGACUGUAAUAUUGCUGCACGUAUGCUCAGUGGGAGGGUCAUUAAAACUCCCUGCGAGUGAUUUUUAUGAGAACGUGCAGUGUAUUAUAUCCACGUUUCGUUAAGGCUACUGCAUACGAUGCAGUGUUUGAAGAUGCUAGGGUUUUUAUUUAUCAUUCAUAUCUUUACAAAUGAAUUCCCACGUUGUAAUUUUCGAUGUUCAGAAAUCUGUAAAGUAUGAACUUUUGAUCACAAACAGGCUUGAGGAGCACGCCGAAGAAAAAAGCCACUGCAUUGCCUUAAUACCCAUAUAAGAUAGAUGUAUUUAUUUAUUUUAACUCUAAAGAUCACCAUCAUGUCAGGUGCGAUUUGGCCGUACAUUUGUUUUUUGUUUUUUUUUUUUGUUUAGUUUUGGAGGUCGCCUGUUCACGAGUAAAUGAUUUUGUUUUAUUGCCUUAUUAGAAAUGCAGUAUUUAAUUUCUUUUUUUUUUAAAUUGGCUGUGUAAUAAUCACACAGAAGAUCCUGAAGUUGAGUCUUGACUAUCACUUCUGCAAUGGAACGUUCUUUUGUAUCGCAGAAUUUAAGUCUUUCAGCUGUUGAGGGGGAAAAAAAAGGAAAAGGAAAAAGAAUUUGAAGACAGUUUUAUUCGUUUUGGUUUAUUUUGAAACGGAAUUUGGAUUUGUCAUAUUUUGUCAGUCAGCUGGCUUUUUUUUUUUUUUUUUUUUUUUUUUGGUCUAAUUGUUUAAAAGACUAAUUAUCUUGGAAGUUUUUAUUUAAAUUAAGUCAUAAAAAAAGAAAAAUGUAAAACAAAGUCAAGCUGAUGUUAUGCUGCAUUUUUAUCCCUAAAUUAUGAUUACAUUUGUUCAUUUUAAGAGAUAUUUCAAGCCAUAAUUUUAGUGGCGUAUAAUUUGGUCAUUACCUUUUUUUUUUUUUUUUUUUUUUUUUUUAUUAAACUCAGAACAAAUACAGGGUGAUUCCUUUUCUAGAAAUUGUUGUUCUGCCAAAAAUGAGAAAAAGACAAAAAAAAAAAAAAAAAGACUUUGAAGUGCUUGGUUAUGGAUAAAAGAUAAAAGAAUUUUGUGAUUUACUAAGGACUCUGUAAGAUUAAGAUGUUGUAUAUAUCCCCAUCAAAAGGGUUGGGUUAUUUGAAUACAUGGAAUAACAUGCUUUCAGUUUGACUCUACUGAAUUUAUUAAUCAUCUGUUGUCUUAAUAUUGUAGACUGUUAUUUUGUCUUAGCUAAUGGGUUUUAUUUACUGUAAAUGGUUUGAUUUUUGUGGCUUAAACCGAAUUGGUAAUGACAUACUGACGACUUGAUUCCAGUUGUGCAAGGAAGGUAUUGGUGUUAUAAUUGGAGUUAUUUAUAAUUUCAUGUAAAUGUGAAAUUUCUUUUCUUUUUUUUGUUUGUGCGGUCAACUGAACCCUCUGAAUAAACAAACCGAAUGUC